AUGAAGCAGGUAGAGGCACUGGCAGGCGGUGCGGGGUGGGGGGCGGCGGCGCGGCUCCCCCGGCCCUCCCCGCUGACGGGCUCCCCGCAGCAGGCGCUGGUGGACGAGACCGAGGAUGUGUCCCUCGACUUCGGGAGCGAGGAGGAGCUGGCGUUGCGCAAAGCCAAGAUCAGGCACCCACUGGCUACCUUUUUCCACCUGUUUUUCCGAGUGAGUGCCAUUGUCACCUACUUGUUGUGUGACUGGUUCAGCAACAGCUUCGUUGCCUGUUUUGUCACUAUUCUCCUCCUUCUAUCCUUUGACUUUUGGUCAGUUAAGAAUGUGACAGGAAGACUCUUGGUUGGUUUGCGUUGGUGGAACCAGAUUGAUGAAGAUGGAAAAAGCCACUGGGUGUUUGAAGCAAAAAGGGUGCCUUCAAUAGCUGCCUCAACUGAAGCAGAAGCUCGAAUCUUUUGGCUUGGUCUCAUUAUCUGUCCAGUUAUUUGGACCAUGUUUUUCUUUAGCACGUUGUUCUCCUUGAAGCUGAAAUGGCUGGCUCUUGUGAUAGCUGGGAUCUCCCUUCAGACUGCUAAUUUAUAUGGCUACAUCCACUGCAAAUUAGGGGGACAAAAAAGCAACAGCAGAGUAACCUCAAGGUUUUUUGUCACAGCAGAUGUUCCCAAGAGACAGACGAGGAGAAUGGCAGGAGACUGCACUGAGGAACAUGGGAAGACAGGCACUAGAUAAUCAAAUAAGGAAGAACAAGGAGGAUGAAUAGUAAAAACACUCAUUUGUGAAAACUAUUCUUCAUAGGAAAGUAUUUAAGUAAAGCUCUUCUAGAAUUAUA